GCGAAUUAACUUGGAAAAACAGCCUUGGUUGGGGUCGAACGGGUGACCUGUAAUACAUAAGAGUAAUAAAUUUGAGGAGGGAUCGCAAAUUUCCUCGAUCAACCGAGGAUUCGAACGAGACCUCUGCACGAUAAAACAAGAGAAAGGGAAAAUAAUGGCGGGUGAAAUAGUGAGCGCUCUACAAACAGCCGCUGCAAUUACAGACCAGAGACAAAAGAUUGAACAAUACAAACUCAUACUCGCAUCUAUUCUGUCCAACAACCAUGUUCAAAAUGCCAAAGCCUUCAUCGACCACAUGGUGUCUGAUGAUGUGCCCCUGGUGGCGUCGAGACAAUUGCUGCAAAUUGUCGCCCAAGAGCUGAGCAAAUUGGAGCCUGAUGCUCAUAAGGAGAUUGCGCAUUAUGCUCUGGCGCAAAUUCAGACCAGAGUUGUUUCUUUUGAAGAACAGGUAUCCAUAAUCAGGGAAAAGCUUGCAGAACUAUAUGAGGAAGAACAUCAAUGGUCUAAAGCUGCUCAAAUGCUGAGUGGAAUUGACCUAGAUUCUGGAAUUAGGAAUCUUGAUGACACAUACAAGUUAUCAAAGUGUGUUCAGAUUGCUCGAUUAUACCUUGAGGAUGAUGAUGCUGUUAAUGCAGAAAUAUUUAUUAAAAAAGCUUCUUUUAUGGUGAGCAAUAGCCAUGAUGAAGCAUUAAAUUUGGAAUAUAAGGUUUGUUAUGCACGCAUUUUGGACAUGAAACGUAGAUUUCUAGAAGCUGCACUACGUUAUUAUGAAAUCUCACAGAUUGAGAAGCGUCAAAUUGGAGACAGGUGGAUAGAUGAGGAUGCACUGCAACAAGAACUUAGUGCUGCUGUGACAUGCACAAUUCUCGCUGCUGCUGGUCCUCAACGUUCAAGGGUUCUGGCUACAUUGUAUAAGGAUGAAAGAUGUUCCAAAUUGAAGAUCUAUCCAAUUUUGCAGAAGGUUUAUCUAGAAAGAAUUCUUAGAAAGCCAGAAAUUGAUGCAUUUGCUGAAGAACUCAAACCUCAUCAGAAAGCACUCUUGCCUGACAAUUCAACUGUCUUAGAUCGUGCUAUGAUUGAGCACAAUCUUCUGAGUGCAAGCAAACUUUACACAAAUAUAAGCUUUGAAGAGUUGGGUACACUGCUUGGUAUUGCUCCGCAAAAGGCUGAGAAAAUAGCAUCACGGAUGAUUUAUGAGGACCGCAUGAGGGGCUCUAUUGAUCAGGUUGAAGCAGUUAUACAUUUUGAGGAUGAUAUAGAAGAGCUUCAGCAGUGGGACCAACAGAUUGUUGGUUUGUGUCAAGCACUGAAUGAUGUCUUAGAUAGCAUGGCUAAGAAAGGGCUGACCAUAGCAGUGUAAGAGGCUACUGCAAGGAGAUGAUAUGAAGAUCAAACCAGAAGCUUUAACUUUUUUCAUUUGCUUGUAUCGCAUCAUUAAAAAUUGGGCAAGUUUAGUAUGAGCGCUUAUGAAUUCUAAAAUAUCGGUUCCAUUUUUGGCUGGAUUUUUGUUUUUUACGGAUGAACUAAAUUCAGGUGGUUUUUAUGUCUAUGCAUCUAACAUGCUUCCUACCUGGUUUAGUACGCAACCAAGCAAAACACUUCUUUGCACUUUUAGUUAAUCUGUAUGACAUAAUUUGAUUACCUUGACAUAAAUUCAGUUCCAUAACUUAUAAUGAGUGAAGGAUGGUUGUAAUCGUUCCUUAUAUUUGUAAAUGGUUGUAACCGUUUCUUGUAUCUAUAAAUGUGUUGAUUGUCAAAUAGCUUAA